AUGGUGCUAACGUCGCAGUUUGCCUUUUGGCACACCCCGGCGCCGCUGCCGGCCAACGUGCCGGCAGAGAUCUUUUCCGAGGCGCGGGCGCGGGAACACACCCGAGUGCUGGUUGAGGAUGCGGGGCCCCGACAGGUGUCCCUCCCAGGCCUCGACAAGGCGCACCACUACAUCAUACGCCACGGCCGCAGGCUGCAGGCAGCUGCCGCCAAGCGCGAGGACCUGUUUGUGCAGGUCGACGUGGAGUCGCACGACGGCGCUUUCCCCAUCAACUUUCUGGGCCGUCCCCUCACCAACGCGUACCUUAACAUUACAAACAUAAACCUGCUGGUGUCGCCCAAGGACCCAGCUGCGGCGGCGCGGCCGGCCGUCAUGAUUGUGGCGCAUCACGACGCCCCAGUCAGCUCGCCGGGCGCCGGCGACGAUGCGGGGAACGUUGGGGCGAUGAUGGAGCUGGCCUCGAAUCUUGUGGCAGCCGCUGGGACGCUGCCCACCCCGGUACUGUUCCUUUUCAGCGGCGCAGAGGAGGCGCUGUGCCAGAGCGCGAGUGCGUGGAUGCACCGCAGCAAGUGGGCGUCCCGUGUGGGAGUGUUUGUCAACCUGGAGGCCCUGGGGCCUGGCGGAGUGCCCAUCGUGUUCCAGCACACGGGGGCGUGGACGAUCCGGGCGUACGCGCGCGGCGCCAAGUACCCGCGCGGCGCGAUCACUGCACAGGCGGACAGCCCCCUUCCCCCUUUUGCCUCCUCCAUCCGCGCUGACAUCUUUGACGCCGGCCUGGUGAUGGGCGAGACCGACUUCUCCCGCCUCUCGUACCGCCACGCCGGCUCCCUGCCGGGCCUGGACAUAGCCUACCUGGCGGAUGGCGCCGCCUACCACUCGGGCAGGGACACCAUGGCGCGCCUGAGGGCUGGCGUGCUGCAGGAAGUCGGCGAGACACUGACCGGCGUCAUUCGGGCCAUGAGUCAGGACCUAGCGGCCCGCCACGACGCCGGCUCUGCGGCUGGCACCACCUCGAACGAUCAGCCGCAGCAGCAGCAGCAGCAGCAGCAGCAGCAGCAGCAGCAGCAGCGCGGCGGGCAGCAGGGCCCGGGGAUGGAUGGUGCCCCCAAAGCAAUCUUCAUGUCCCUCGGCGCCAGGGUCAUGCUGACAUACAGCACUCAGACCGCCCGCGCCCUGCACACCGCGCCCCUUGCCGUCGGCCUGUCCCUGCCCUGGGCGCUCGCGGCGCUCUUCCCGGGCCACGCGCUGCCGCCGAUGCGCGGGCUCGCGGCCGCGGCCGGCGGGGCGGCGCGCGCGCUGGGCGGCCUGCUGCUGGCGCCAGCGGCGGCUGGGGUGGUUGGGGUGGUCAGGGCGCUGGUGUCGGGCACACCCAUGAUCUGGUUUGCCUACCCGCCAGCCGUCAUCGCCCUAUACCUUCCACUGGCGUUUGCAGUGCAGCUCUUCCUGUACGCCAACACCGACUACACAGCCGCCGCUGCUGCCGCCAGCCCCGGCCCCGCCGCAAACGGCGCUGCUACAGUCGCAAACGGGCGCGCGGCGGCCGCCGUCGCAGCGGCCGUGGCGGCCGGCGGGGCGCCGCCGCCCGCGCUGGCAUACCAUGUGUUGGGAGGCGGCCUCAUGAACAGCAUCAUCGCGGCGGCGACAGCGCCGUUUGACCUCGGGAUGAGCUGCGUGUUUGCGAUGUGGGGCGCGGCCGGCGUGCUGGCUGCGCCGCUCGCGCUCGAGGGCCCCUCCCUGCGCGCGACGCUGGGCGUGCUGGUGGCCACCGCCGUGCCAACCUACGCCUGCUGCGAGAUGGCUGUGGGGGUUCUGCUGGCCCUCAUCGGCCGCAUGUCGCUCACUGGCCACGUGUUCUUCGGGAUGGGCGAUUUUGUCGCGGGGCUGCUGGUCGGCGUCGGGUCGGUGGCGCUGAUGGGCGGCGUCAACACGCCCCUGGUCGUCGCCGCGCUGGGCCGGCGCGGGACGAAGCGCCUGGCGUGGGCCCUGCUGCUGACUUCGCUAUGCGCGUCCGUUUACGCUUCCGCUCGGCUGGCGCCCUACAGCCCCAAGAUGCCCAAGCGCCUGCUGCUCCUGCACCUUCACCACACCGAGGCGCUCCCACUCUCAAAAAACCCCGCCGCCGCGGCGGUUGACGCCGACAUCAGUGCCGCAGCUCACGUCCAGUCGCGCGUCGUCGACUCCCAGUGGGCCUUCGCCGGCACCGACAGCACGCCCGUCGCCGCGCUGCUCCGCGCUAUGCGGCUGCCGCUCGCGCGGGCGCGGCGGCAGCCGGCGGGCGGCAGCGAGUGGUCGUCCAUCUACCCAAUUUCUGAACUCAUCGACGUCCACCUGAUGCCGACGAAGGCGCUGUCGCCGCCGCCGGUCGGCGUGCUGCCUUACAUAAGGCUCGUCUCGGAGGACACCGGCGUGCUCACGGCCACGGACGGCGGCGGCGCAUACCGAGACGUGCACUUCGACGUCUACACAGAGGCGCCCUGCUGGGGCCUGCUUAAUGUGACAGCGCCCGGCGGCGUCCUGUCUUGGUCCCUCACGCCGCAAAAGUGGCGCCCCGGCGGCGCAGCGCCGCGCAACCUCGUGGUGCGGUGGACCAGCCAGCGGUGGCGGACGCCUUGGCGCGUGUCGGUGCGCGUCGCGGCGGGUGCGGGGGCCGACGGGGGAGGGAAGCUGCGCGUGCAGCUGCACGUCGACUACCUCGCAGAGACCCCGGCACUGGCCGCCAUGAAGAAGCGGCUGCCGGAGUGGGGCACGAUGACGUACGAGGCCACCUGCUACAUCUCGGACUGGCGGCUUUGA